ACUCUUCUGCCUUUCUUCCAAUUCUCACUAUAUAUCCAAAGUCUAUAUAAAACCACUCCUCCGUACGUACUCAUUUCAACUCAACCAAUUACAAUACUUUCAACAUAACCGAAAGAAAUCAUUCAUUAUAGAAUAAGAUUUGUGUUAAUUUGAAAAGCAGCGAAAAUGCACGGGAAUCAGUUGCUUCUCGAGGAGCCUAUAAGGAUGGCUUCGAUUUUGGAACCUUCUAAGCCUACUGUUUAUCCUUCGAUGACGAAGAUUGUUGGGACACUUGGUCCGAAAUCGCGUUCUGUCGAGAUCAUUUCUGAUUGCCUGAAUGCCGGAAUGUGUGUGGCAAGGUUCGAUUUUUCAUGGGGUGAUAUUGACUUCCAUCAAGAGACAUUGGACAAUUUGAGGAAGGCAGUCAAGAGUACCGAUAAGCUCUGUGCUGUUUUGUUGGACACAGUUGGUCCCGAGUUGCAGGUAGUUAAUAAAGCUGAGCAUCCCAUCUCCCUUGAAGCUGAUACUUUGAUUGUCCUAACACCGGAUCAAGAGAAAGAGGCCACUUCAAAUCUUUUACCCAUAAAUUUUAGGGGACUGGCAAAGGCAGUGAAGAAGGGUGACACUAUUUUUAUUGGUCAAUACCUUUUCACGGGGAGUGAAACGACUUCAGUGUGGUUAGAGGUAAGUGAGAUAAGCGGUGAAGAUGUGGUUUGUAUCAUUAAGAACUCUGCUACCUUGGCUGGAUCAUUGUAUACUUUGCAUGUUUCUCAAAUUCGUAUUGAUCUUCCUACACUCACAGAUAAUGAUAAGAAGGUUAUAAGCACAUGGGGUGUUAAAAAUAAAAUAGAUUUCCUCUCGCUAUCAUAUACCCGGCAUGCUGAAGAUGUUCGUCAUGCUCGUGAUUUCAUCUCUAAAUUAGGUGAUCUCAACCAAACUCAAAUUUUUGCGAAGAUUGAGAAUAUAGAGGGAUUAACUCAUUUUGAUGAGAUUCUACAAGAAGCAGAUGGUAUCAUUCUCUCUCGUGGAAAUUUGGGGAUAGAUCUGCCACCAGAAAAGGUAUUUUUAUUUCAAAAAGCUGCUGUUUACAAAUGCAAUAUGGCUGGAAAGCCAGCUGUGGUGACUCGUGUUGUAGACAGUAUGACUGAAAAUCUGAGGCCCACACGUGCUGAAGCCACAGAUGUUGCAAAUGCAGUAUUGGAUGGGACCGAUGCAAUAAUUCUUGGUGCUGAGACUCUUAGGGGUGUCUACCCUGUAGAGACUAUCUCCAUAGUUGGAAAGAUUUGCGCCGAGGCAGAGAAGGUUUUCAAUCAAGAUCUAUAUUUCAAGAGGACUGUUAAAUAUGUUGGCGAACCUAUGACCCAUUUGGAAUCUAUCGCAUCCUCAGCAGUACGUGCAGCAAUCAAAGUAAAGGCUUCUGUAAUUAUUUGCUUCACUUCAACUGGGAGAGCUGCAAGGUUAAUUGCAAAGUAUAGGCCAACAAUGCCCGUAAUGUCUGUAGUUGUCCCUAGGCUACAGACAAAUCAACUCCGCUGGACUUUCACUGGUGCUUUUGAGGUAAGGCAAUCACAAAUUAUCCGAGGCAUUUUUCCCAUGCUUGCAGAUCCUCGACAUCCUGCUGAAUCUACUAGUGCAACAAACGAGUCUAUUUUAAAAGUUGCCUUGGAUCAUGGAAAGGCCUCUGGUCUUAUAAAGUCUCAUGAUCGAGUCGUUGUUUGUCAGAAAAUUGGUGAUGCAUCUGUGGUGAAGAUCAUUGAGCUGGAAGACUAGAAUUAUUAUUUGACCUCGUUUUUUUUUCUUUUCUUACUAUGUAUCCAUAGUCUAUCUAUAAUCUAUAUCAAUAAUUUAUAAUCUAUAUAUCUAUCUAUAAUCUAUAUAACAUAUAUAUAAAGAUGGGUGAUGAUUUUUUUUGGUUUGGUGAAGUUAAAUGUGGAUGUGGGUUUUUUCAGUUUAGUCAAAUUAUUUUGUCAUUUUGUAAUUAUUUUAUUAUUUUGUUCAUUAUGUUAUAGAUAACUUAAUAUUUUUAAAUGUUUUCUUUUUUAA